UUUCGAAACUCUUCGUCCAUCUUAUUUUCCAUCCUUGCUAAUAAACAUAGGCUAAGCGAUGUCGUUUUACAUCAAAUUGAAGCACAGGGAUGAUAAAAUUUUGCCUUAUCCGAAGCUUUUGUUUGUCAUAAAAGAGUGAGUCGCAGACUUUGUGUUGUCGUACAAAAAUGUGUACUUUAUCCCUCUCUGCUCCAUCUUCAUCUUCUUCCUUCUCCUUACCAUUAUUGCCCCAAAUCAAGUCCACUAAUUCCAUCACCAUACCCUUCAUCUUCGAAGGCAAGACUAAGCCAAACCAUUCCAUUAUCUCAUCCUAUUCAAAAUCCAGUAACAAAGAUGUAUGGAGGAAAACCUCCCACGACCACGACCGCCACCCGAGAAAAGGAAGAAAUACCCAUUAUUUGGAUCAUAGCGUGGACAUGGAUGAACUCUUGAGGUCAAUUUGGGAGACCCAGAAUGAGGAUGAACUUUUCGCCGUUCUUUCCACCUAUAAAGGUAGACAGCUUUCGAUUAGGUUUAUGGUUUUGUUGCUUUCUCGUGAGCCAGACUGGCAACGGUCACUCGCUAUAUUAGAUUGGAUUAAUGAAGUAGCUAUGUACACUCCUUCUGUGUUUGCUUACAAUGUUGUUUUACGUAAUGUGCUUCGUGCUAAGCAGUGGGAUAUUGCUCAUGGUCUGUUUGAUGAAAUGCGUCAAAGAGCUUUGGCUCCUGAUAGAUAUACUUAUUCUACGCUUAUUACUUAUUUUGGGAAAGAGGGUAUGUUUGAUUCUGCUCUUUCAUGGCUUCAGCAAAUGGAGCAGGAUCGUGUUUCUGGUGAUCUUGUUUUGUAUAGUAAUUUGAUUGAGCUUUCUCGUAAGUUAUGUGAUUAUUCCAAGGCUAUUUCUAUUUUCUCAAGAUUGAAAAGGUCAGGUAUUACUCCUGAUCUUGUUGCUUAUAAUUCAAUGAUUAAUGUGUUUGGGAAAGCUAAGCUCUUUCGUGAGGCUCGUCUUCUAUUGAAAGAGAUGAAGGUUGCUGGUGUUUUGCCUGAUACAGUUAGCUAUUCUACUCUCUUAACUAUGUAUGUUGAGAACCAAAAGUUUGUUGAGGCUUUAUCUGUUUAUUCUGAGAUGAAAGAGGUCAGAUGUUCUCUUGAUCUCACCACAUGUAACAUAAUGAUUGAUGUUUAUGGACAGCUGGAUAUGGCCAAGGAAGCUGAUCUUUUGUUUUGGAGUAUGAGGAAGAUGGGAAUUGAACCAAAUGUUGUUAGCUAUAAUACCCUUUUGAGAGUUUAUGGUGAAGCUGAGCUUUUUGGCGAAGCCAUACAUCUUUUUCGGUUGAUGCAGAGAAAGGAUAUUGAGCAGAAUGUUGUAACAUAUAACACUAUGAUUAAAACUUAUGGUAAAUCCCUUGAGCAUGAAAAAGCUACUAACCUUGUGCAAGAAAUGCAGAAGAGAGGCAUUGAACCAAAUGCUAUAACAUACUCUACUAUAAUAUCAAUAUGGGGUAAGGCUGGGAAGUUGGACAGGGCAGCAAUGUUAUUUCAGAAGUUGAGGAGUUCAGGUGUUGAGAUUGAUCUGGUUCUUUAUCAGACAAUGAUUGUGGCCUAUGAGAGAGCAGGGCUGGUUGCUCAUGCUAAGCGUUUACUUCAUGAGCUCAAGCGCCCCGACAACAUUCCUAGGGACACUGCGAUCUCCAUCCUUGCAGGAGCUGGUAGACUAGAAGAGGCUACCUGGGUUUUUCGUCAGGCCUGCAUUGAUGGGGAGAUAAAGGACAUAUCUGUUUAUAGUUGUAUGAUAAAUCUUUACUCAAGAAACAAGAAGUAUACAAAUCUCAUUGAGGUAUUCGAGAAGAUGAGAGGGGCCGGAUACUUUCCCGAUUCCAAUGUGAUUUCAUUAGUACUCAAUGCUUAUGGAAAGUUGCGGGAAUUUGAUAGAGCAGAUGCUGUAUAUAGAGAAAUGCAGGAUGAGGGGUGUGUUUUCCCUGAUGAAGUUCAUUUCCAGAUGCUCAGUCUUUAUGGUGCCAGAAACGAUUUCGAUAUGGUUGAAACACUGUUUGAGAGGCUAGAAUCUGAUCUUAACAUUAACAAAAAGGAGUUGCAUCUUGUGGUUGCUGGCAUCUAUGAACGAGCAAAUAGACUUAAUGAUGCAUCCCGGAUCAUGAACAGGAUGAAUGACAAAGGCCUUUUGAAUUCAAGAAUACUUUAAGAAAUUAAUGCAAAUGUUUGCAUCAUUUUGUUAUUCAAUCUGUAAAUAAUAUCCCACCAUGUUCAUGUGUACGUAUGUGCCCUUGUUAUAUAUUUCCUAAUUCUUUACAACAAUAAUUUAAUCUUUGUUUUCAAA